AUGGCAGAAACCAAGUCCUCCGAGGGCACAAAGUCCAGCUGCGUUUCGGCCUUGAUCUCUUGUUUCAAUCUCGGAUCGAAGAAGAAGCCUCCCGCCUCACCAGGACCGACGUCAAAGCCAGCCGUUCCAUAUGAACCAAAACCACAGUCGCCGACCAAGUCUACCGGUGAUCCCGUUUCGAACGACAAGGCCGAGUCAAUCUCAUCCAAACACGCGGGAACCGGAAACACAGACGCCGACAGCAAACACAGUCGAGAGUCUACCGAAGCACAUGUUGAGGCGCCCUCCUCAGACGCUCAGCUCGUCAAGUAUCAACCUAUCAUCGUUACAGAAAGCGCGCCAGUCGACCUAUGGCAUGAGGCGCUCAACAAGACUCAUCAAGACACCAAGUCUUGGAUGGGAAAGUUCGGCAUCGACCGCUCGAGUACCAUCCAAGUUCAAGAAUUGACGACACUGGUCAGGCAAAGCGAAGAAAUAUACCAGGAUGCCAGUUCAGGACUGAAAAUUGGGGAACGGAACAUCUUGUGGAGAGAUUACGCGAAUCGAGUCGUCGCUUGGGUGACCAUGAUCGGCGACGUUGCCAUAGCAUUCGCCCCUGCGCCGGUUUCACCGGCCGAGACAAGCCGAGUCGAACAACUUACCGCUAUUUUUGGUGCCGCCGACCGUAUUCUCGGUAUUGUCAGACGGGGUCAGAUAUACGAAUCUGUGUACGGCCUUGCUAGCGCGAAUUUGACAGAACCCUCGAAGAUUCUCCUGAGAGACUCUCUCAUUGAGCUCUAUAGACGCUCGCUGGAUUCACUAGCAUCGACGUCGAAUCGGCUCGACGGACAAGUAUCCUGGGCAACGCAGUUCCUCGCGGCUCUCACCGACUCGAGUCGUGCGGAACCAUUCUUGUCAGAUCUUACGGAUGCGGAGAAUGACGUCUCAAGAUGCGCAGAGGCUUGCGUUUGUGAGGCAACAGAGAGGAAUCUUCAGUUAUUGCAAAGUCUACAUAGUCCCCUGAGGCGCAUCGAUGAUAGAGUUACGCAACUUCUGAACAACUUCCAGGAAAUGAAGAGGCAGGAGAGAGAGAAUGCCAUGGAUCACAUUAGCAAUGUGAAAGUCGACUACAUCCAUGUUGCAAAGAAAGAAAUGAGAACGGAGGGAACCUGCGAGUGGCUCGUACAACAUCCGAGAUUUCUUGCGUGGGAAGAGCCCAGCUUCUCAUCAAUCCUAUGGCUCAACGGUCAAGUGGGAGCUGGCAAGACCUUUCUCACUUCUAAGGUGGUUGAUCGCUACCGGUCUCGUCCUGGAGAUGCUUUAGGGUCGCCAGAGAAUGAUGAGGGCUUUGCUCACUUUUACUGUGAUCGCGGAGUGGCCGGCCGCAGAGACGUUAAAUCAAUCCUCAGCAGCUACAUGGUGCAGCUCUUGACGGUAUCACGUCACCGCAACAGAUGGCAUACAAAGCUUCUGAUGUUCUGUAGGGACGUUGCCGCAUCUCGACGUAGCCUGGAACUCUCUGAAUGCAAACGGUUUGUACGCGACAUGGUCAACGCGUAUCCGCGCUCUAUCCUGGUACUGGACGGAUUGGACGAGUGUGAGGAGAACUCAAGAUCACAGAUUGUGCGCUUCUUCCGAGAUUUAGUCAAAGAAUCCGACAGGCCCGUUAAGAUCUUCAUAUCCAGUCGCCCAGAAGCGGAUAUACUUGAAUUGAUGGGCACAUCGACUUGCAUCCAAAUCAGUACCGCAGACAACGAAAAGGAUAUUGAGAAAUACAUUGACUCCAGGCUCAACCAGGUCAGUCUUCGACCCGUUUGGAAAAAGCCGACUGUGCAAUCUUUAGUGAGGAAGACUUUGCUUGAGAAACAUGGUGGAAUGUUCAAAUGGGUUCAGCUGCAAUGGGAUCAGUUGGAGCCAUUGAAUACAGAGACCGAUGUGAAGGAGCGACUCAUGCAACUUCCAGAGGGUCUGUCAGCCUCUUACGAAGAGAUCUGUUCUCGGCAAAGCGAGUAUGCCAUGGAGGUCCUCAUGAGAGUCGCAAUGUGGGUCAAAUGGGCCCAGCCACCGCUGAAGACAUGGCCUCUACUUCAUGCAGUGCGCCUGUCUUUAUGUGGCUGUGAGCCCCGUGGCACGCUUCAUGUUGAUAAUGAAAGGCUAUCAAGGCACGACUUAGGCGAAAUAUGCCGUCAUCUAAUCACCUUUGGAGAACAUUCCACAGGGAAUUGGUGUUGGAACUUUCCACAUGCCUCAAUUGGGGAAUUCUUCGACAAUAAGCUUAAUGCCUGGAACCCCGAAGCCGCUCAAGACCUUGCACCAUUGCUGCUUCUACAUGCGGCUCUCAAAUACGAGGCUAUGGAAUUGCUUUACGCUUGUAAAGAACAUCAAGUAAAGGACUGGGCCAGGUACACGUUUACCGCAUAUGCUCAUCGAUAUUGGCUAGAGUAUGUCCGGUCUACAUACAAAGCACGCCCAAAAACAAAAGAACUCUCGGCUUAUUUGGGCUAUUGUCUGGGCCUUGGCAAUGCUCCCGAUCCCUCUUGCUUUCAGUACCAAACUUCAGUGGAUGAGGAAGGGAUUAGCCAGAGAUCAUUGUUGAUGGUUGGCCACACAGACCUGGACCCAAGGCUGAAUCCUAUCUUUGCAGUCUGCGUUUUAGGCUCUAUCGACUUACUAGAGCAGCUGCACCGACUAGGAGCUGAUCUCAACCAAACAGACACAAUAGGAGACUCCUUACUAUCACAUGCUGCUACGCAUGGACACGCUGAGCUUUGUUCGUUUCUCAUUGACCAUGGAGUGGACGUCAACAAGCGGAAUCAUACUUCGGGCUUUUCUGCAUUAGAUUACGCGUGCCAACGUCGACAAAUCUCCGUCGUCAAGACGCUUCUUUCGAGAGGAGCAGAUACGAACUCCACGAGCGGCCAUACACCUCUAUGCUAUGCUGCUCAUGGUGAGCUUGACAUCGUUUCAACAUUGUUGGACUCGAAAGCGGACCCAAACGUCAUGUGUCUUCACGGCCGGGACCACAUGUACUACGCCGCAGAUGACGUAUUCUAUUUGCUUGUGGAACACGACGGGCCCCGCCACUGCAUCGAAUCUGCGUUCAUUAGAGACGCCGAUGUGAUUUUCAGAUUGCUUUUGAAGCAUGGAGCUGACUUAUCACUAUUGAGUGCGAAUGGCACAAACGCCCUGCAUAUAGCGGCUUAUCGAGGUGCCGUCAAGUGCAGCCGGAUUCUCAUUGAAGAGCUCGGGUAUGAUGUGAAUAGCUCGCUGGGAGGAGACUUCGGUAGCACUCUUGGAGCUGCCGUGGUUGGCGGAUCGAGAUUGAUGAUUAAAUUUCUGUUCGAAGAAGCCAUGGUAGAUCCGACGGCUCUCACUUCCAACCCCCCGAGGCCUGGAAUGGCAAGACUUUCCGACCAUGAGCACGAGGUUGCACUUCUGACGAUCCUGUUUGAGCGAGCAUGGGUGUCUGAGUAUCUGCUGAAACAUAACUAUUGGACGGAAGAGGACCUUCUCAGAGUUGGAUACCUUCCUGAGCACCUUCGGGGGGAGCAAUUGAUUUGUGGUACUCUUUACGGCCCUAAUGUCAGCAGCCCUCGUCCCGGAACUGGGGCCAAAGAAGUCGCAGACCACUCGAAAACUCAGCGAGAUAUGGCAUUGUCGAAUGGGAAGGAGGCCCCAGUUGAAUGGGUAAUAGAGAGUGCGUGGCGUUUACCAACUCGGAAGGUCCGCUGCGUCAAUGACGUUGCUGGGCCGGGACAGUAA